AUCUCUUCUUGUUUUCCCUGGCUGCAAAAGCGCCUCCUCCUGUGAGGGGUCCUUCAAUCUUUUGAAGGUCCCCUCAGCUCCUGUGUGCAAACUUUUGCCUGUCCACCUCACCAAUAUUCGUCAUCUUUUGCUGGUUUCCGAAGCCAUUUUUUUUUUCUGGUUCCUCUCCUUCAAAAAUGAAUUGCUUCCCAUGUUUCUCAUCACAAAGAAGCAAGAAGGAAACCGGUAAAAAAGAGCAUGACUCUCCCUAUGACGCCCUUGUUCAAUCAAGAGUGCCUGAAAAUAUGGAGGUGUCCAACCAAGUUGAAAGGGGAAACAUUCCCGUUCAAACAUUCAAUUUUCGAGAGCUAGCCGCCGCAACCAAGAAUUUCCGUCAAGAAUGUUUGUUGGGUGAAGGUGGUUUCGGAAGAGUUUACAGGGGGACUCUUCAGGCAACCGGACAGGUGGUUGCUGUUAAACAACUUGACAGGAAUGCAAUGCAAGGAAACAAUGAGUUCCUUGUUGAGGUUGCAAAACUGAGUCUCUUGCGCCAUCCAAAUCUGGUCAAUCUCAUUGGAUACUGUGCUGAUGGAGAUCAGAGGCUUUUGGUGUAUGAAUUCAUGCCAGGGGGUUGUGUUGAAGGUCAUCUACUUGAUAUAAAACCUGGGAAAAAGCCAUUAGAUUGGAUAACCCGAAUGAAAAUAGCAUAUGGGGCAGCUCAAGGUCUAGAGUAUUUGCAUGAUAAGGCCAAUCCUCCUGUUAUAUAUCGUGAUCUCAAAUCCUCAAACGUUUUGUUAGAUGAAGAAUUCAAUCCAAAACUCUCUGAUAUUGGACUGGCCAAGCUUGGCCCUUCCGCAGACAAGAUGCCUAUGCAGUCAAGGGUGAUGGGAACUUAUGGUUACAGUGCUCCGGAGUAUUCAAGAUCCGGUAAGCUCACAACUACUGCAGAUGUAUACAGUUUUGGAGUUGUUCUACUAGAGCUAAUCACUGGAAGAAGAGCCAUUGACACUACCAAACCUGUCGACGAGCAAAACUUAGUUGCUUGGGCACAACCAAUAUUCAGGGAACCGAAGAAGUUUCCAGAUAUGGCAGAUCCUUUACUUAAGAAGCAAUUUCCUGAAAGGGGUUUGAAUCAAGCUGUUGCAAUAGCAGCCAUGUGCCUCCAAGAUGAACCUGCGGCCCGUCCUUUGAUGAGUGAUGUGGUGACAGCCUUAAGUUUUCUUUCUAUGGCCACAGAAGAGAAUAGUAUUCCUCCCACUCUUCCUCCUUCUAUCUCUUCUAAGUUGCAUUGCAUCUCAUCUAAGCUGCAAUUCUUGGAGCAUAGUGAUACUGGGAAGCUGAAGGAACAACACAACUCUGUUCAUAAUGCUGAUACGGAUAGUGAAUCAGAACAUGAUCAAAAUGAUGAGGUCCGCAAUUCACAAGAGGGAAGUGUUUCUUCGAGCCGCAGUAGCAGUGUGCAUACACCUGGAAAAAGUGCUUUGACUAUUGAUCAUAGCAGAAGAUCCAGUGAUGGAAGUGCUUCUUCCAGAGAAGAAAGCAGCAUAAGUUCAAAUGAGGGAGGUGCUUCUUUGAGCCAAAAGAGUAGUGCGAAAUCACUGUUUUCUUUAGGCCAUGCUUCUUCGGAAGAAACUAGCAGGGAUGCACAUGAUAAAAGUGAUUCUUUGAGCCAAAAGAGCAGUAAUAAUUCACUAUUUUCGUCAAGCCACAAUUACAGCAAGGAAUCACAGGAUGCGAGCUUUUCUCCAAGUCACGAAGAUAGCAGGAAAUCACCAUUCUCAUCAAGCCACAAAAGCAGCAGGAAGUCACCGAAAAAUGAUGAUUAUUUAAGCAGCAGUGACUCAGUUGAUGAAAGUCCCUCUUCAAGUCGUGACAGAAGCAGCAGGAAAUUGCUUGAUAAAAGUAAUUAUGCAAGUCAAAACAGCAGCAUGAAACCACAGGAUGAAAAUGUUUCUUUAGGUCACAAUAGCAGCAGGAAAUCAACUGAUGGAAGUGUUUCUGUGAGUGACAAGAGCAGCUUCAAAUCACAGGAUGAAAAUGAUUCUUUAGACCAUAAUAGCAGCAGGAAAUUAAUUGAUGGAAGUGUUUCUCUGAGUCGGAAAAGUAGCCGGAAAUCCGAGGACGGAAAUGUUUCUUUACGCCGUAAUAGCAGCAGAAAAUCACCUGAAGGGAAUGUUUCUUUGAGUCGCAAGAGCAGCAGGAGAUCACAGGAAGGAAAUGAUUCCUUACACCAUAAUAGCAGCAAGAAUUCAGCUGAUGCAAGUGUUUCUUUAAGUCGGAAGAGCAGCAGGAAAUCACAGCAUGGAAACGUUUCUUUACACCAUAAUAGCAGCAAGGGCUCACAUGAUGAGAGCAAUUCCUCGGGGUCCAGCAGAAAGAGCCGAAGGCGAUCUACGAAGGUAAAUGAUUCACUGAGCUACAGCAGCAGUGAAGGAUCACAGGAUGUAAGCGAAAUAGACCUGGACAACACCCAUCGACGUCCACUUACCUUCACAAAGGCUAAGACAACCGUCUAUUUUUGAGCAAAACACAUUUGUAGGGAGUCAAAUGGGAACAUUUUGGUCGAGAGAGAAGCCAUUUAUGCCACCCAGAAACUGAAGUGACUUUGUCUUCUCUUUAAUGUUUUUGUCUAUGUCUGAGUUACAAGAACUUGUUAUCUUCAUUAUUCAAUUAAAUGUGCAGCAAAAAAAUUCAUAA